GUUCCUAACAGUAUUCUUGAAAUAGUUCAAUUUUAACAUUUUAAACUUUUAAAUAAAUUUAACACAAGCUAAAGUUACACUUUAAUACUAUUUCUGUAUAACUAAAGUGUACUAAGUAGUAGGAGUGAUCAGAAACGGUACAGGGUAGUAAGAGUGAACAGAAACGGGACAGAAUCAGGGUGGUGGAAGUGAACAGUAAACAGUAUAGGGUCAGGGUAGUAGGAGUGAACAGAAGCAGUACAGGCAGGUAGGAGUGAACAGAAAUGGUACCAUGUGGUAGGAGUAAACAGAAACAGUACAGGGUCAGGGUAGUAAGAGUGAACAGAAAAGGUACAGGGUGGUAGGAGUGAACAGAAACGGUACAGGGUAGGUAGGAGUGAGCAGAAAUGGUACAGGGUAUGUAGGAGUGAACAGAAACGGUACAGGGUGGUAGGAGUGAGCAGAAAUGGUACAGGGUAGGUAGUAAGAGUGAACAGAAACGGUACAGGGUGGUAGGAGUGAGCAGAAACGGCACAGGGUAGGUAGGAGUGAGCAGAAAUGGUACAGGGUGGUAGUAAGAGUGAACAGAAACGGUACAGGGUGGUAGGAGUGAGCAGAAACGGUACAGGGUAGGUAGGAGUGAGCAGAAAUGGUACAGGGUGGUAGUAAGAGUGAACAGAAAAGGUACACGGUAGUAAGAGUGAACAGAACGGUACAGGGUGGUAGGAGUGAACAGAAACGGUACAGGGUGGUAGUAAGAGUGAACAGAAAUGGUACAGGAUGGGAGGAGUGAACAGAAAUGGUACAGGAUGGGAGGAGUGAACAGAAAGGGUACAGGGUGGUAGUAAGAGUGAACAGAAAUGGUACAGGGUGGUAGUAAGAGUGAACAGAAACGGUACAGGGUGGGAGGAGUGAACAGAAAGGGUACAGGGUGGUAGUAAGAGUGAACAGAAACGGUACAGGGUGGUAGUAAGAGUGAACAGAAACGGUACAGGGUGGUAGGAGUGAACAGAAAUGGUACAGGGUGGUAGUAAGAGUGAACAGAAAUGGUACAGGGUGGUAGUAAGAGUGAACAGAAACGGUACAGGGUGGUAGUAAGAGUGAACAGAAACAGUACAGGAUGGGAGGAGUGAACAGAAAGGGUACAGCAGGUGAGAAGUGGCAGCACUUUUACAGAAUGGGCGUGGAAUAAUGUCUCUCGCUGACGUCAUGGGACGGAGCUGCUGAGUGGGCGUGGCGUUGACACUGUGCUGCUGCAUCGCUGUACAACAUAAGGAUGAGGCUGUUAGACGUGGAGUCCGUUUUGGCCUGUGUCUUUUAAAGCCAUAUUUUACUGGAGGGUUGAUUUGUCGACGUGAAAUGAGGAAUUAUGACUGACUAAGGAAAGGUCUUGCUGUGACCUAUAGGCUACCCUCUUGUAGAAGACAUGGACUAAAGAAGAAUAGUGUGCGUGCCUGAGUGUGUGUGUGGUGUGUGGUGUGUGUGUGUGUGUGUGUGUGUGUGUGUGUCUGUGUGUGUCUGUGUGUGUGAGUAAGUGUGUGUGAGUGUGUGUAUGUGUGUGAGCAUGCGUGUGAGUGAGUGAGUGAGUGAGUGUGUGUGUGUGUGUGUGUGUGUGUGUGUGUGUGUGUGUAAGGACAGCCUCUGGAUAUAACCAUGGUGGUGAGGUGGCUGCUGACGUCCCACUAAAAAAAAACAACAAGCAGAAAAUGAGAGCGUGAAGCUCUGGCUACCACGAAGACCACUGCUGCAGGCUGGACAGCGCAGCCACAUGAUCACAUGACUCUGGACAUGGACGCGGUCCUGUCAGACUUUGUUCGGUCCACAGGGGCAGAACCUGGUCUGGCACGUGACCUGCUGGAGGGUAAAAACUGGGACUUGAGCGCUGCCCUGAGUGACUAUGAGCAGCUGCGGCAGGUCCACACCGCCAAUCUGCCGCAGGUAUUUAAUGAGGGCCGUUACUACAAGCAGCCAGAACGCAGUGGAACACCCCAGCACCUCAACAAACUGGAGCAAUGCCUGCAGAGGCAAGAGGAGAACACUCAGGAGAAGCGUCUCUCUCGGGGCAUCUCGCACGCCAGCUCUGCCAUCAUGUCUCUGGCGCGGAUGCAUGUGACAGGCGAGUGCACCAGGGAGCAGCUGCCUCUUGAGAUGCCCAUCUACACCUUCCAACUACCUGACCUGAGUGUGUACAGCGAGGAUUUCCGCAACUUCAUCGAGCGCGACCUCAUUGAGCAAUCCACCAUGGUGGCACUGGAGCAGGCAGGCCGUCUGAAUUGGUGGUCCACUAUAUGUACGAGCUGUAAGAAACUCCUGCCAUUAGCAACUACUGGGGAUGGCAACUGCCUACUGCAUGCCGCUUCCUUAGGUAUGUGGGGCUUCCACGACAGAGAUCUGGUGCUGAGGAAGAGUCUAUAUGCUAUGAUGAAGAGCGGGGCAGAGAGAGAGGCUCUGAAAAGGAGGUGGAGAUGGCAGCAGACGCAGCAAAACAAAGAGUCAGGGUUGGUGUAUACAGAGGAAGAGUGGGAGAGAGAGUGGAACGAACUGCUGAAGUUGGCCUCCAGUGAGCCUCGCACACACAUCAGCAAAACUGGCAACACCAGUGGAGGUGUGGAUAAUUCAGAGGACCCUGUCUAUGAGAGUCUGGAGGAAUUCCAUGUGUUUGUGUUGGCUCAUGUGCUGAGGAGGCCCAUCGUGGUGGUGGCUGACACCAUGCUCCGAGACUCUGGGGGAGAAGCUUUUGCACCCAUCCCUUUUGGAGGUCUCUAUCUUCCCCUAGAGGUGCCACCCAACCGAUGCCACUGCUCUCCACUGGUGCUGGCAUAUGACCAGGCUCACUUCUCUGCUCUGGUCUCUAUGGAGCAGAGAGACCAGCAGAGAGAGCAAGCCGUCAUCCCUCUGACAGACUCCGAGCACAAGCUUUUAUCCUUGCACUUUGCGGUGGACCCAGGCAGAGACUGGGAGUGGGGGAGGGACGACAACGACAACGCCAAACUGGCAAAUCUCAUCCUCUCAUUGGAAGCAAAGCUAAACCUCCUGCACAGUUAUAUGAAUGUAACAUGGAUUCGAAUACCAUCAGAGACACGAGCUCCCCUUGCUCAACCCGAGUCACCCACCGCAUCAGCAGGUGAAGAUGUGCAGUCUCUGGCCGAAUCCAUGGACUCGGACCGUGAGUCAGUCUGCAGCAAUUCCAACCUCAACAAUGGCAAGACUAGCAAAGAGAAAGACAAGGACAAGCAGCACAAGGAGAAAGACAAAGCUCGUGCCGACUCAGUAGCCAACAAGCUGGGCAGCUUUAGCAAGACUCUAGGCAUCAAGCUGAAGAAGAACAUGGGUGGUUUGGGUGGUCUGGUACAUGGCAAAAUCAGUAGGUCCACCAUAGCGAAUGGCCGUGCUGUGGAGAGCAGUGAACAGAAGCCCAAGAAGAAGGAAUCCAAAACACGCAAAGGGAGCAAAGAGGAGUCGGGCCAAUCUACCAGCACAUCAUCCUCUGAGAAAGCAACCAGCCCAUCUCCUACUGAUAGAGCUUCAGGUAACUCCUCUGGAGAAAGACAGGCCAGUUCAGGUAAAAACCCAGAUGAGCGGACUCUGGACAACUGGAAGUACAGCACAGAUGUCAAGCUGAGCCUGAACAUCCUUCGUGCAGCCAUGCAAGGUGAGCGUAAGUUCAUCUUUGCUGGUUUAUUGCUGACCAGCCACCGGCAUCAAUUUCAUGAAGAGAUGAUCAGCUACUAUCUGAGCAGUGCGCAGGAGCGCUUCAGCACUGAGCAGGAACAAAAGAGGAAAGCUGAGGCUGAGAAAAAGCCCCAGACCAAUGGAACCCUCAAAAAGCCUGAACAGGAGAGCACAUUACAGAGAGAGCGCUCGGACAGCUCCCCCCCUGAGAGUUGCUCACCUGUUCUGCAUCCCAGCCAUAUCCAUACACUAAAGGGCCAGGGAAGGAAUAGCCCUACCCUUGCUGCGUCCCCAAUUCCCAUCCCUAAUGGCAGCCCGACUCCCAGUCUCCCAUGCUCGUCCAUGUCACCUGUCCCCUUCUCUUCCCCCAGUCAAGGUGCUAAGCGUCACGAACCUAUCCCGGUGUCCGCCCACUAUAGCCAUACACCACCCAUCCAGAGGCACAGUGUCAUCCACCUGAGAGAUAGCAACACGCAGUCCUCCAGCUACCAGGAUGAUCCCUAUAAAAUUCCAGUGGGGAUGCUGAAGACCUGUGCCACGUAUCCGCAACAGAACCGCUCACUGUCCUCUCAGAGCUAUAGUCCAGCACGCAUGUCUGGGAUUCGCGCCGUCCAUGGUGGAGACUCUGUACCGUACGGCAUGGCCGGUGAGCACAAAUCUCACACAUACACCAAUGGCUUUAAUGCAAGCCAUAUCCGGGACAGUCUGGAGUUUGCUGACGAGGAACUCACACCCCACUCCUGGCUCAACCAUGACAAAUCCAAGAUCCGCAGUGGAACCUGCCCCAUGUACUGCUUUCAGCAGAAGCGCUGCAAGAGGGAGAACUGCUCCUUUUAUGGCAGGCCAGAGACAGAGAACUACUGCUCCUACUGCUACAGAGAGGAGCUGAAACGCAGGGAAAAGGAGGGCAAAGGACACCGGCCUGGAUAGCCCCGCUCAUACACACACAUGCAGUUCAUCACUGAUGUGUGUGUGUGUGUGAUUAAAAGACAGCAGUGACAUCAUCACCCUCUGCACUAUGCGAGUAAUAGACAAAUACUGGCAUACCGUUUUCUAAUCUAUUUAAGAAUGAUCUCCUUGUAAUCUUGUUACUUUUCUCUCAAUAGCAAAAUGACACUGCAGUUUGGCCAGAGAUUGUGCUGUCAUUUUAUUUGUCAGUUUGUUUUUUGUCCAAAUUUACAUUCUUUUACUUGUUCUAGAGUAAAAGCUCAUGUCUGUGCAUUUUGCUCAGUCUGUAAUAUAAAAUUUCUAGUACUAGCUGAAAGAGAUGUAAAAGCAUAUGUCAGUUACCUCUGAGCUCUCCAAAAGCUACUGGGUAACUCAUUUGAAUGCAAUACUUCAAUCAAUAUCUCAAUAGCAAGUGACAUCUUUCUGCUUUGAAAAUAAUUCAAAUGGGAGGAACAACCAUUGAUAAACAUGGAAGUUUUUAAAAAGCAAUAAGUUUGGUAAUGAGCGCAGUCCCUCCCCUUUUUAUCUAUGCAUUCUUAAUGUCAGCCAUAGUGUAUUGUCUUUAUGCAGAAAUGAGUGUGAUUUUAUCUGCCUGGAUGUAAGAAGAUUGUCCUGAAAUUUAAUUUGUGGCAAAUCAAAGUGUGCUGCAUGGUAUGUA